GACGAUCAGUCGGAUCUUCCCCUGAACUCCGUCCUGGGCCGCAUUUUGGCCGCCCAAAUGCUUAGCAGUCUUGGCCACAAGGAUAUCAUUCCGCACUUUAACCGCGAUGCAUUGCAGCGAGAAAGGACCGGGGUACGCUUUUACUUGGAAAUUUCCUGUGGGCUAGUUUUUUUGGCGCGUCUGUUUAUUAUACUGAACAGACUCUACGAGAACCUUGUCUUGGCCUUCAGCCUUCAUGUGAGACGCUUGACUGACAGUGCUGUGGAAUUCGUUGGCGGCAAAGCUCGUGUAACUCCUGCAGCCAACCAGUCUUUCCUUUUUGGGGGUGGCGUAACGCCAAAACGCAGGCCCUGUCCCGAAUGGGUGCCUAGUGUUGGCGGCCGGUGUCCGUGCCUUCCACGCACUAUCAUCGACGUCACUGUCGUUGAUCUGGAUCCAAAGAACCUCACCAACCUGGCUGAACGUUCUGAGAUGGAGCGCAGCGUCGUGGCCCAAUACUUGCAGGCCAUGGGCUCCCAACGGACAGAGACCCCGCAUCUGUAG